AGAAUAUAUGGUUGUUUGUCAGCUGUAUUGAUCUUGCAGUAUCUUAGAAUCUAAACCUCUCAACGUCUCAGGGGAAAAGCAAAGAUGCACAUCCAAUGGCCCCCACCUCUGAAAUCCAUUGUUUUCAUUGGUUUCUUCUUGCACAUUGCUGCAGAAAUCCCAUCACAUUAUAUUAUUGCUCCCAGUUAUCUUACUCCUCUUGCUAACACAAAACUUGCUGUUCACUGGUUUGGCAGCAACCAUUCAGAAGUUAAUAUUUUUGCAGCCAUCUCAAACCAAGACAACCAAUUAGUAAAUGUAAGCAGUGUCUUCCGUAAUGAUUCUAUUGGCAUUCUCAGUCUCCCACCAGUUCCUCAGACUUCUUCCCAAAGUUAUCAACUCACUGUGAAUGGAACAGCACAAGGAACAUUAGUUUUCUCCUAUAAUAUUCCAAUUGCGAUUGAUCAGAGGAUUUAUUCUGUAUUCAUACAAACAGAUAAAGUCGUUUACAAGCCUGGACAAACUGUCAAAAUCAGGGUCAUAAGUAUUGAUCGGGAUCUGAAACCUCACAAUGGAGAUGUAAACCUUCGUAUAGUGGACCCUCAAAAUAACAUUAUCCAGCAGUGGCUAAAUCUGAAAACAGACAUGGGAGUAGUUUCUACUGAGUUUGCUCUGUCUAACAACCUCAUGUAUGGGUCAUGGGGCAUACAAGCCGAAACAAGUAACUCAAUGGCUAUGGCAUAUAUAACUGUAGAGGAAUAUGUUUUACCUCGAUUUGAAGUCAACUUGAAUACCCCGUUCUAUUAUAUCAGUCCUAAGCAGCAAAAUCUUACAGGCACAGUCACAGCAAAAUAUACCUAUGGGAAAGCAGUGAAUGGAAAUCUAACAAUAAUUAUACAACCAAUGUAUUCUUAUGGGAAUGUUAUUGAGAUUCGAAAAACAUAUAUGAUCUCAGGUUCUGCGAACUUCAGCAUAGCAUAUGAAGAGAUAGCUGGUGUGUUGAACUGGGGAGCAUUAAAUAUAACAGCCAGUGUUACAGAAGAACUGACAGGGGUAGUAAAUAAUGCAUCAACCCAAGUUCAAAGUUACAACUCUGAGUACAUUUUAAGAGGAAUCAGUACACAGCAGUUCUUCAGUCCUGGGAGUAAUUUUACAGCAAAGUUACAGAUAUUGAGAAUUGAUAACAAAGCUUUACUAGCAGAGGAAAGACAGAAAAAAUUGUCUGUUAAAAUAACUCAGUCAGUUAACAGAUACUGGUUUUCAUUUUCAUUCAUCGAAGAAGGACUCCCAGUAGAAGACAGUUUUGGUAAUACAACAGAUAUGCAAUAUGACAUCCCAGAAUCUGGUAUAAUCAGCAUUCAAAUUCCUGUACUGGCAUCAACCCAGCAGAUACUAAUACAGGCAGAGUAUGAGAAUGCUACGAUGGAUCAGAACUAUGUCUUACCUUUCUCAGAAGUCAACACUUACGCACUAAUACAAACAACAGAUUCACCCAUUCAGGUUGGAACCCCAUUUCAGAUACAUGUUGACACCUAUCCACGGGCUAACGAGUUGUUCUAUGUAGUUAGUGCCAAAGGAAUAAUAGUAUCCACUGGGAGGAAUAUGGGCACAUCCUUUACUCUUACGCCUGAACAGUCAUGGGCCCCUUCUGCGCUUCUCACGGUUUAUUUCCUUAACUUGAAUAGCAGCUAUAACAAUAUUGUGCAAGAUACUAAGCUACUUACCAUAAACGGCACUUUUAAAAAUAAGGUUUCUUUAUCAUGGAGUAAAAGCAAAGCGGAACCUGCAGAAAAUGUGUCUCUGGCAAUAAAUGUGAAAGAAGCACGUUCAUUAGUGGGACUCAGGAUUGUUGAUAAAAGUGCAAUUCUACUAGGACAAGGAAAUGAUUUAACUGCAAGCUUAGUCGAAAAUAGGCUUACAGAUUUCAAUAAGGGAGGUACAUUUAACACUCUGACAGAUGGAAUAAUAGGUUCCUUUAAUAUUAUGUAUGAAGAAAUUCCAUAUCUUACUACAUCUGUAUCACAACCAAUGCAACCUAUUGGCCAUGUUAGGACAUUUUUUCCCGAAACCUGGAUAUGGCUAGAAAGUAACAUAAGCUCUGGUAAUACUAAAAACCUUCAAGUUACUGUUCCUGACUCGAUUACAACAUGGGUGGCCAGCGCUUUUGUUAUUUCUGAAGGUCUUGGAUUAGGACUGAUUGAUGAACCAGUUGAGCUACAAGCAUUCAAGCCUUUCUUUAUUUCGCUAAACAUGCCAUACUCAGUUACUAGAGGUGAACAAUUCAUCCUUGAAGUUAUCCUGUUCAACUAUUUAGCAGAAAAUAUUCAGGUUGUGGUUACAUUGGAAUCAAGCAACUCAUAUGAAAUAAUUGUAGUGAACAACAAUGCCACAACCGUACCAGGAAAACAUAAUGUGACUGUCCCAAGCCAAGAUGGAAAAACUGUUCUCUUUCCAAUAAAACCAAUACAACUGGGGGAAAUUGCAAUCAGUGUAACAGCAGUUUCAUCAGCAGCAUCUGACGCUAUAUCCCAAAUACUAUUAGUAAAUGCUGAAGGAAUUAAGAACUACUAUUCACAAACCAUAUUGUUGGAGGGGAAUGGUAGUUCAGAAGUAUCACAGAACUUAUCAUUCACUUUCCCUAUUGAUGUAGUGAAUGGCAGUCAGCAAGCUUAUGUCUUGGUUAUUGGGGAUCUUCUAGGACCAUCAAUUGAUGGUCUUGCGUCACUAAUUCAGAUGCCUUAUGGUUGUGGAGAACAAAAUAUGAUUAACUUUGCUCCUAACAUCUUUGUGCUGCAAUACUUAAUAGCAACUAACCAGAUCACGGCAGAAAUCAGGACUAAAGCUAUAACAUUCAUGAACGCAGGCUAUCAGGCAGAACUAACAUACAUGAGAUCAGAUGGCUCUUUUAGUGCUUUUGGAAACAGUGAUGCCUCUGGAAGUUCUUGGCUCACAGCUUAUGUGUUGAAAUGCUUUCUUCAGGCUCGACCAUUUAUUUACAUUAAUGCAGCCAUUUUAGAGCAAUCAAUGAACUGGUUGAUACAAAACCAGGAUUCAAACACCGGCAUUUUCUCAGAACCAGGACGUGUUAUUCAUUCGGAACUCCAGGGUGGUUUGAAUGGUCCUAUUACUCUUACUGCUUAUAUUAUAACUACACUUCUUGAAGAUGCAAUCUAUGCAAAUCUUUAUAAGGAAAGAAUUCAGAAGGCUGUGCAAUACCUUGAAAGCAAGUUUGAUGAAGGGAUUUCUAGUAACUAUUCCCUGUCAAUUGUUACCUAUGCCCUAACCGUGGCCAACAGCACCAAAGCAAGCACAGCCCUUACCCAGCUGAAUUCAAGAGCAAACAAUAUUGGAGGCACCAAAUUCUGGUCUUCACCCUCUGAAACCACAAGUUAUUGGCAGCCGCGAACAACAGAUAUUGAGACAUCAGCCUAUGCAUUGCUAUCCCACUAUAGACAAAACCGUAUCAAUGAAGGAAUUCCUAUCAUGAAAUGGCUGAGUCAGCAAAGGAAUCAUCUUGGUGGCUAUGCAUCAACUCAGGAUACUAUUAUUGCUCUGCAGGCUUUAGCCCAGUUUUCUGUUUUGGUAGCUAACGGAAACACAGCGCUCACAGUAACUGUUACUGGACAAGGUUCUUUUAUCCCUAAAUCUUUCAAGAUCACGAAUGAAAAUCUUUUGGUGCAACAAAGUCACCAGAUUCAAGUAUCCCAACCUUUGAGCAUCAGAGUUUCUGCUGUUGGGAGAGGAUUGGCUAUUUUCCAGCUUAAUGUAGUUUAUAACCAGAAACCAUCCGCCAGACGUAAAAGAGAUACAUCCAGCACAGAAGCAUUUCAACUGAAAGUCACGGUAGUAGAAGAUCAAAGCAACAUUAACCUACUGUCUGUAGUCGUAUGCACAAGCACUUUAGGUGGACGUGAGAGUGGCAUGGUUCUUUUAGAGGUUGAAUAUCUCAGUGGAUUCACAUUAAGCUCAGAUGGAAUACUUAUACAAGGAUCUCUUAAAAUGGUGGAAAAGAAAGAUGACAAAGUGUAUCUGUACUUUGAUUCAAUUACAGAAACUCAAGUUUGUGUAACUGUUCCAAUGGUUCGUACAGCUAAAGUUGCAGCUUCUCAAGAUGCAGUGGUCAAGAUAUCAGAUUAUUACAACCCAAGAAAUACAGCAACAAGAACUUAUAAUUCCCAGACCAUGAUGAAGAUUUCCACUUGUGACUUCUGUGGUUUUAACUGCUCUGCGUGCAGAUCCAAUGUUGAAGUGAAAGCAACUGUAACCACUCUAACCACUCCAACCAGCAGUGCAAACUCGCCAAAAAUGUUUGUUAUUUGGUUCUUUACACUGUGCAUCUACAGUUUAUUUAUUAACUAAAAACCAUUCAUAAUAAUUUGUUCUGAUAGUUACAAGAAUAUAUUAUGUAACUGUAGGGCAGAAAAAACAUGUGAAGAAAUAGAUUUUGGUUAAUAUAUUUUAACAGUUGUACAUAUGUGGCUGUUGAUACUCAAGCAUUUUAAAACGAUAAAUAAAACAUGCUGUAUAAUAAUGUUUACAAUAUUUUUCAUGGGCUCAGGGAAAAGGAUAUAUAUUUUUAGAAAGCAUAGAAAAAUGUUGUUUUGAAAUAUCAUUUGGACAAUAAAGUAUUUCUGUAGGCUUUUAUA